AUGUUGAAGCACAUCUUCCAAUCUCGUCGCGAGUCGGCGGCGCUCAACAACGCCGUGCUCGCGCGGCUGCAGCGGGUCGCGCGAGACUACAGCGCGGUGAGCGAGGUCGUGGCGGAGGUGGAGCGCUCGUCGCUGAGCCUGCUCUCAGAUAAGCGCAUCCUAGAGAUGAUGCUUUGCCUCUGCGAGACGGAGCUCGCCUGCCCUUCGCCUUCGAUAGGGCCGCUGCUGAGCGCGACGGCGCGGCUGCUCGGUGCCCGCGGCCUCUAUGCCCUCCUCCCACGCCACCCGCUCCAGCCUCUGCUGCGGGGCUGCCUGCCUCCGCCGCACGGCGUCGCCUCGGCGGUGGGCGAGGGGCCGACGCGGCUGGGUGCGCUCCUCGACCUCGUCCUCGCCAUCGUCCGGCUUCCCGACGCCAGCGGCGACGCGGACGAGAAGCUCGAGCGCGCCGCGCGAGCGCACUUUCACCUCUGCGGCGGCGCAGCGGCGCUCGCGUCUCUAGUCGGCUCGCUCGGCACCGCCGCGCCGCGGCUCCGCUCGCUGCGGCGCGAGGCGCUCACCCUGCUGCGGCUGUGCUGCCACCCAUGCGGCUCGGUGCGGCGGCGCGCGCAGGCGGUGCUGCAGGCGGCGCUGCUCGAGUGCGACGAGGCGCAGUACCUUCUCGGAACCUUCUCGGAACCUUCCUCCAGGCGGUGCUGCUCGAGCGCGCUCCUCUGGCUGCUCCCCCUGGCGACGGGCGCACCCGUCGAGCGGCUGGUGCGCACGCCAUCGGGGCCGCGGCAUCAGUGGGAGGAGGCGCCCGCCGCACGGAAGACCAAGGCCAAGAGCGUGCGCAUCGAGAGCCCGCGCGGCGAAGGCGGCGAGGGCGCUGCCCUCCCUGAGGACGAGGCGUGCCGCCGCCUAGUCGGUCUGCUGUGCGACUGCUGCCCGCCCGCCCUCGGCCAGCUGGGCAGGAUGGUGCCGCCUGCGCUGGUCGAGAGGCGCCUCGAGCGCCCUCCGCCAGAGUUAGUCAAUGAAUUCGGCCAGAGAAUUCAAGCGGCCGCAUGCCUCGCCGGCAAGCUGCGGCGGCUCGGCAGCCGCGCCGAGAAGGAGCGGUUCGUGCGUGCGGUGCGGCACGCCGACGAGCUGCCCGCCGGGAACUGGCCCGCGCUGUGGGAGGCGCUCGGCACGGCUGCGUACGAGCCGCGCCUCUACCCGCCCGUCGAGGCGGAGGCGUACGUCGCGCCCUACUACCUCGGCCCUCUCGUCAAGGCGCUGAGCGGGCGGCGGCCGGAGGCGGAGGGGUGCGGCCCUCCCGUGCCCCCCGGCUUCGUCGCCGCGGUGGGUGCGGCUUGUGCGGCAGAGGCGGACGGCGCGCGCCUAGUUCCGCUGCUCCGCGCGCUCGGGGUGAGCUACGCCGCCUCGUGCUCCCCGCACGGCGCACCGCUGCCGUGCCUCGCUUGGCUCGUCUCGCUGCUGCGCCGGCCCGCGCUGCCGGUGCCGCAGCUGCACGCUGCGCUCGACACGCUGCGAGUGUCGCUGCUGGCGGCGCCGGCCAACGCGCUGCCCCUGGCGGAGGCGGGAGGCCUCGAGGCGCUCACCGGCCUGCUCGCGCGCUUGCCGCUGCACGAGGUGGGGGGGGAGGAGUCGCUGUACGGCGCCGUGGCAGUCGCGCUCGAGCUCCUGCAGGGCGUGGCGCGCGCGAGCCCGCGGCUGGCGCGGCGACUCGCUUGCGCGCCAAACGCCGGCAGGCUGGCGGCGGCGCUUCUGUCCGCCGAGCGGCCCGCCGUGCUCGCGCGGCUGAUUGAGCUGCUGCUGGAGCUGUGCGACUCUUGGCAGAGCCUGCUCGCGUGGCGAGGCGAUCUCACUCAGCUCGAGUCACCGGCUGCCGAGUAA